UACGUCUUUCUCUCUUAACGUACAGAGUUGGAGGCAGACAAUCAUCUCCUAAUUUUCUUUCCCCAGAAAGUGAGAGAAAAUGGAAGAAAGCUCAAGAAGGAAGAGCUCAAGAAAAGGAGACAAGGACCCUUUUUGUGUACUUCAUAAGCUUCCUUCUGGCGAUACUCCUUAUGUUCGAGCCAAACAUGCUCAGCUGGUUGAGAAGGAUCCUGAAGUAGCUAUAGUAUUGUUUUGGAAGGCAAUAAAUGCAGGAGAUAGAGUAGAUAGUGCGCUUAAGGACAUGGCAGUAGUGAUGAAACAGCUAGAUCGAACUGAAGAGGCCAUUGAAGCCAUCAAGUCUUUUAGAAGCCUUUGCUCCAAACAGGCACAAGAAUCACUGGAUAACGUCCUCAUUGACUUAUACAAGAAAUGCGGGAGAAUAGAUGAACAAAUUGAUUUGCUAAAGCAGAAGCUGAGGUUGAUAUACCAAGGAGAGGCCUUCAAUGGAAAACCCACCAAGACUGCUCGCUCCCAUGGCAAGAAGUUCCAAGUUUCUAUUAAACAAGAAACUUCUAGAAUACUAGGUAAUUUGGGUUGGGCCUACAUGCAAAAAUCCAACUAUAUGGCAGCUGAGGUGGUGUAUAAGAAAGCCCAAAUGAUAGAUCCGGAUGCGAACAAGGCUUGUAACUUGGCCCUUUGCCUCAUCAAGCAGGCCCGAAACAGCGAGGCCCGUUCGAUUCUCAAUGAAGUAUUGCAAGGUAACAUUCCAGGCUCCGAAGAUUGCAAGGCCCAAAAUCGAGCCCAAGAAUUGAUGGUAGAGGUAGAGCCUAGGUGGCUACCGCCAUCGACGAAGAUGAAGAUUGCAAGAUUUGAUCUUGAGGAUGAUCUUAUUGAUGGGCUUGAGAAGUUAUUGAAUGAAUGGGCUCCAUCUAGAACAAAGAGGCUUCCAAUCUUUGAAGAGAUAUCUUCAUAUAGAAACCAAUUAGCAUGCUAAGGUUUCGUUUAAGCCUAGUUGGGUUAUAAAGUAUAUAUGGAGAUGAUAAAUUGGAGGGUGUAUUUAGUAUAAAUAAUGGACUAGAAGACGUAAAUUCUUACAAAUAAAGGUCAUUUUUCUACAAUAAA